GACUCACGUGAAAUCACACAACUUGCAAGUGUGAAAGACAGGGUUUGAACCCAGGACCCACAUCCAGCUGCCCCAGACUGCUCCUUGCUGCCUACCGGAGUCACAGCUUAGUGUCUUCGAGAGGCAAUAUGUCAGAGGGGGUGGGCACAUUCCGAAUGGUCCCUGAAGAGGAGCAGGAGCUCCGGGCACAGUUGGAGCAGCUCACAACCAAGGACCAUGGUCCCGUCUUCGGCCCGUGCAGCCAGCUCCCUCGCCACACUUUGCAGAAGGCCAAGGAUGAGCUGAAUGAGAAGGAGGAGACCAGGGAGGAGGCAGUGAGGGAGCUACAGGAGCUGGUACAGGCUCAGGCAGCUUCAGGGGAGGAGUUGGCCCUGGCGGUGGCCGAGAGGGUACAGGCCAGGGACAGCGCCUUUCUCCUGCGCUUCAUCCGUGCUCGCAAGUUCGACGUGGGCCGCGCUUAUGAGUUGCUCAAAGGCUAUGUGAACUUCCGGCUCCAGUACCCUGAGCUUUUCGACAGCCUGUCCACGGAGGCCCUCCGCUGCACUAUCGAGGCGGGUUACCCCGGCGUCCUCUCCAGCCGGGACAAGUAUGGCCGAGUCGUUAUGCUCUUCAACAUUGAAAACUGGCACUGCGAAGAAGUCACCUUUGAUGAGAUUUUGCAGGCAUAUUGUUUCAUUUUGGAGAAACUGCUGGAGAACGAGGAAACACAAAUCAAUGGCUUCUGUAUCGUUGAGAACUUUAAGGGCUUCACCAUGCAACAGGCGGCGGGACUUCGCCCCUCGGAUCUCAAGAAGAUGGUGGAUAUGCUCCAGGAUUCAUUCCCAGCCAGGUUCAAAGCUAUCCACUUCAUCCACCAGCCAUGGUACUUCACCACCACCUAUAAUGUGGUCAAGCCCUUCUUGAAGAACAAGUUGCUGCAGAGGGUCUUUGUCCACGGAGAUGACCUUGACAGCUUCUUCCAGGAGAUUGACGAGAACAUCUUGCCCGCUGACUUUGGGGGUACACUGCCCAAGUACGAUGGCAAGGUGGUUGCUGAGCAGCUCUUUGGCCCCCGGGUCCAAGUUGAGAAUACAGCCCUGUGA